AUGUCUUACUGGAAACGCUCCCGCAGUCCCUUGGAUCAGCAUCAUCAACAGCCGCCAUACGCCACUAUUCAGCAACAGCAGCAGCAGCGCAGCUUUCCCCCAAGGAUUUCGUCGAAAAACAAACCACUACCCUUGGAUCCCAUGAACGUCCACUCGAUCAGCGCCUUUGGGGACGAGCACGAGCACGGGGAUGGCGCAGAAGGUGCUGAAAUACCAGACAUUCCAAUGCGGAAAUCAAGCCGGCACCUUUCUGUCAGCGAUCUCAUCACCUCUCCUCCGUUAAAGUCAUUUCGCAAUAAGCCAAGAUUUGUCGAAGACAUAGACAGCAAGCCCACCAAUCAAAACUCUACACAACAGUCUACAGCAGGACCAGGACCAUCAAUGAGCCCAGAACGUGUUUCCCACGAGGAUGUUAAGGAUCACGUCAGUAACGACGACGCGGAAUAUACCCAUGACCCAGUGGCGAGCCGUACCGCCUCGACGGCCCCAAAGAGCCUCAUGUCCAAGUCUUCCUUUUCUCGCCCGGGCUCCUCGGCCUCUUCUGCGGUUCACGCCAAUAGCGGAUCCGCAUUGCCCGCGCUGCAGACCCGGGCCAUAAUCGAAAACGACGGUCUCGAGCCGCUGGCCGAGGAGGAGAUUGACCCUGCCUCCUUUGACCUCGUGGUACCGGCGCACGCCCCGGGCAAGCAGUACUCGCUCGAGGUGCAGUCGGAGCAGCUCUUUGCGCCAAAGCACCUCGGCAUCAUCUUUGAGGACCCCGUGCUCCUGCAGCGCUUUACCAACUUCAUUUACCAGCGGCGGCCCGAGUCGGUGCCCCUGCUGCAGUACUAUCUGGACGUACUCAAGGCGCUCAAGGCCAUUGACUAUGCCAAUGCCGUCGUGGGCGGCCUGCAGGCCGUGAACGACCUGCCCUACACGGCCGAGCCCGUCGACAAGACGCUCAAUCGUGUGUUGCGGGAAAAAGCCGACAAGGCUUUCGAAACGCUGGCGACAGAGGAGUUGCCCGCGUACAUUACUUAUACAUAUAUUCAGACCGUGUCCGUGACGAUCAAGAGGCGCAUCGCCGAUACGUUACCAUUACAUUUACGCGAAAUGUCCGAGGGUUUGGCCGAGGUUUUCUGCCUGACAGAUCCUUCGAGGCCAGACAAUCCCAUUAUUUUUGCCAGUGAAGAAUUCCACAGAACCACACAGUACGGCAUGUCGUAUGUGCUGGGCCGCAACUGUCGCUUCCUCCAAGGGCCCAGGACCAAUCCUUUUAGUGUGCGGCGCAUCCGCGACAAGCUCAACGCUGGCCGUGAGCACUCGGAGACGUUUCUCAAUUAUCGUCGCGACGGCUCCCCGUUUAUGAAUCUCCUCAUGGUAGCGCCCCUCUUUGACUCCCGCGGCGUGGUGCGAUACCAUAUUGGUGCCCAGGUCGACGUCUCGGGCCUGGUCCGGGACUGCGCGGGUUUGGAUUCGCUCGCCCGGCUGGUGGAGCGUGAGAAUGAAGCAGAUGGCGGCUCAUCGGAGCCGCUGCCGGUCCGGAUUCAUGCAAAGCCGCAGGCAAACGGUAGUGGUCAUAUCAUGACACAACAACAACAACAACAACAACAACAACAAACGGGUAGAACGGAUGGUGGUGGCGAGAGAGAUCAGAACAAUGAGCAGAAGGAUGAUUUCCGCGAGCUGGCUUCCAUGUUUUCCCUCGGCGAACUCAAGACGGUCCGGGAACACGGCGGCUCGUACCACCGCAUCCACCAAGCCGAAUUGACCGACACGGACACCGUGGGCGCCAACUGGGCCAAGCCGCGGCUGCUGAUAAAGGACGACGCAACCGUCGGGCGCCGGAGCUCCGAUCCCUUGCUCCAGACAUCGGUAGCGCCGCCCGUCGGCGGCGAAGGAGGAACCGGCGGAGGACCAGGAGGAGUGUCGUCCCAAAUGGUCGGCGGCCGCCUCGCCGGCGUCUACGAGCACUACCUCCUGGUGAGGCCGUACCCCAGCCUGCGCAUCCUGUUUGCGUCGCCGCGGCUGCGGGUCCCGGGCAUGCUGCAGAGCAACCUCAUGUCGCGGAUCGGGGGCUCGCCCAAGGUGCGCGAGGCCAUUGCCCAGGCCUUUGCCGACGGCAACGGCGUCACGGCCAAGGUGCGCUGGACCACGUCGCGGACGAGCAACGGGUCCGACCGCGGCCGGUGGAUGCACUGCACCCCGCUCCUGGGGUCGAAUGGCGCCGUCGGCGUCUGGAUGGUGGUGCUGGUCGAUGACGAGCAGGAUCCUACGAAUGGCGACGCCGGGUCGCGCGAUGCUCCGCCGGUCGAUCGGUAUAUUUCCCGUGCGGCACCAGGAAGCGGCGGUGUUUAUGGUGGUGGUAGUAACGUAAUGAGUAAUAUUGGCGCCGGCGCAAGUAUAGAUAAUCUCAGUCUCACGAGCUUUGGCGACGGCGGACUCAACGAUCGGGACCUCUUUGGCGCUCCCGCCGAGGACAAUCGCGGUGGUGGUGGUGGUGAGCCGCAACAACAACAACAACAACCGCAGCAGCAGCAGCAACAGCAGACACCACGCGGACGAACUCUUGGUGGCAGUGGCGGAUAUGGCUACGAUUCGCCCCCGAGUAAUCAACGAGGCGGUGGUACCAUGUCGGCGCAAAGCAACAGGCGCACGCCGGCCCUGAAUGGACUCGCAAUGCACGAUCCGCGCGGCAGCCCCAGUAAUGAUGCCUCAAGGCGGGCGACGCCUGAUACUGUGAGGACUCACUAA